CUUGCUCGCCUGCUGCUGCUGGUCACCAGGGAAGCUGUGUACGGCUAGUCGUGUAACAUGUUUUCUGGAUUUCUUCGGUAAAUUAAUGGCUUUUGUUUGGCAAAGUUUGCAAGCGGAUUCAGUUUCAGUAAGUUAUCCGCUUGGAAACUCCGCGAAGGUUUCAUCAAGCUACAACUAGCAAUGCCAUUUCUCAAAAGACCUCCAACUAGUCCCCCAUUGUCAACACUGCUGGACAUUAAAUCACAGAAAUGUGGACUACGACACACAGUUUUCUCAGCCAGUGGAAACGAAUACACCGGGGAGUGGCAGAACAAUAAGAAGCAUGGCAAGGGAAAUCAGGUUUGGAAGAAGUCUGGUGCCAUUUAUAAUGGAGAGUGGAAAUUCGGAAAACGUGACGGGUAUGGUACCUACAGCAUUUUACUCCCAGAAUCAAAGAAGUAUGUGAAGAAGUACUGUGGUGAAUGGACAGAUGGAAAGAAGCAUGGGUAUGGCACAUACUUUUACAAAAACUCAUCAGUGUACGAGGGGGAGUGGAGCGAGGACCAACGGAGUGGCUGGGGAAGGAUAUACUAUGCAAAUGGAGACAUCUAUGAGGGCAAGUGGCUGAAGGAUAAGAAUCAUGGAGAAGGAAUCUUUAUAUUUUCAAAUGGAAACAGGUAUGAAGGUAGCUGGCGAGAGGGGAAGAAGGAUGGUCAUGGAAAGUUCUACUACUGUGACAAAGGCCAGCUUUAUGAAGGCCUUUGGGUGGAUGGAGUGCCAAAAUGUGGGACCCUGUCUGAUGUUGGGAGAGAUGGCGCACCAAUGCCUGCAAAAUAUCAGAUUCCAAAGGUACACCUGAUCGAUACUCAGCUGGUUUUAAGGGAAGCCGAAUCAGCUUACCUUGGCCGGUUCUGAUAAACAACAAGAGGAUCAAGAGCAAGUUUCCACUUCACCGCAUGCUUGCUGAUAAAGAAUAAAAAAAAAAAAAAGCAUAAUGGGUUCGCAGCAUGUAUCCAUUUUGUCACAGAUUAUUUGUCCUUGUCAGAGGGGCAAAAUCCUUUAAUCAUCCAUUAAUGUGACAAAUUUAUCUGUUGCCAAUGCCAAUUAAAAGUGUUUAGAUAAUAGAUCAUAAAGGAAAAAAAUGCCUCAUCAGAUUUUUUAUAUGUAUGUAUCUGUAUGUAUGUGUAUGAUUGUCAUAUGAUAAAUUCAGUAUUACACAUCCAUCUGUUUGUCAUAUGGUGUCUGAUCACACAUUAGCCUUGAGUGUGUAAAUCCUUGUGAACUUGUAACUAACACACAAGCCGCUUUGUUCUGUUUAUAGUUUGUGUAGUUGUCCUAAGAAUAAAACACUAGUCCUAACAAC